AUCUACUAAUGCGUGUUAGGCCUAUGCGGUGGUUAUAAGAUCCGUUUUUGUUUGAAAACAAACUCAGUUUAUUUUGCAAUUUCGUUUUAAUUAUUAUCAAACACAAUUGACAGUGUUCGCAUUUCCAUUUAAAUACAACUGUUAUUAAAGAAGGACAUUAUUAUUAUUUAUUUCGUUCUUUGUUAACAGGCAUAGAGACGGUCAAAAACAAUAGGGUCCUAUCAAAAUUCGUUGUCCAUCGGAAUGACGUUUCCGCAGCUGAUUUUACCAAAUAACAUCAAAAUAACAGAUGAAUGAGGUGUCAACCGGCGACUAAAGUCAAUUGGCAGUUUAUGGUUCAUACACUGGAUGCGCUUGUCAUGAAUUAUAUUGGGUAUUGACGGCUGCCCAGUCUCCGCCCCCCGUGCUAUAUAGAUAGGACACCAGAAUGGAUAAGAUUUUGGAGGCACUAGUCAGCUCCUCUCACUCCGUCCCGGUGAAGAAGGCCAUCGUAAAGAAAGUAGUUGAAGCCGCUGAGAAGGAGGUCACCGAGGCGCAAUGCCAGGCCCUGUUCUCCCUGACCACUCGCCUCAUACUACUGGGUGAAGACGCCUUCCAGAAACAAGUGGGCUUCCAGGUGCUGGAGGCCUAUGCCCGCUACCACCGUGUUGAGUUUGAGCGGUUCUUCUGCAAAGACCUUGUCCUGGGACUGCUGCAGCAGGGCUAUGGCCCCCUGGACCGCAAGGAUCCAGCCGUGGUGGACUACAUCCACAGCUGCCUGCGGCUGCUCAUCAGUUGCCCGUCUGUGCUGGAGAUCUUCACCGUCAUCCAGACGGAAGUCCUAAGGAUGGUGUGUGAGAGGCCUGAGCCAGCCCUUUGUGCCCGGCUAGCCACCAUGCUGUCGGACUUUGUGCAGUGCAUCCCCAGGGAGAAGGCCGCCGUUUUGUUCUGCCAGCAGCUGGUGAGGACCAUCGGUUAUUUCAACUGCCCUGCCAGCCAGGAGAGGGAGCUGAGAGAGUAUGUGGGCCAGGUGACCAAGGUCAGCACACUGCUGCAGAACAUCUGGAAGGCUGAGCCAGUCACACUGCUACCGUCACUGCAGGAGGUGUUCGCUAUCAUUUCCUCCACCGACCCCGCCUUCGAACCCUCCAUUGCCCUAGCCAGUCUGGUCCAGCACAUACCUCUCCAAAUGAUUACCAUUCUCAUCAAGAGCCUGACCACGGACCAGAACGUCAAAGACUCCAACAUGACUCAGGCUCUCUGCAGGAUGAUUGACUGGCUGUCCUGGCCACUGGCCCACCAUGUUGACACGUGGGUCAUUGCCCUGCUGAAGGGCUUGGCUGCGGUGCAGAAGUUCACCAUCCUCAUAGACGUCACCUUGCUGAAGAUUGAACUGGUGUUCAAUCGUCUGUGGUACCCCAUCGUACGGCAGGGGGCCCUGGCGGUCCUCUCUCACAUGCUGCUGAGCUUUCAGCACUCUCCAGAAGCCUUCCACUUGGUGGUUCCCCAGGUGGUGCCACUAGUCCGGGGCCUGAAGAGCGAUGGCCUGCCCACCAGCAAGGGCUUCCUGAUGCACUUCACUGAGCUCAUCCACUGUAUGAUGUACCAAUACUCUGGUUUCCCGGACCUCUAUGACAGCAUCCUGGAAGCAGUCAAAGAUCUUCCUAACCCCGGGGAGGAGAAGAUCAAGCUGGUGCUGAACCAAAGUGCCUGGACGUCCCAGUCCAACUCAUUUGCUUCAGGUCUGCUGAGGCUCGCGGGCAAGUCUGAGACCGGCAAGACGGGCCUUGUCAACCUAGGAAACACCUGCUAUAUGAACAGCAUCAUACAGACACUGUUCUCAGCUACUGAUUUCAGGAGACACGUCCUGUCGUUACGCCUGAAUGACUCCUGUGCCAACACGCUGAUGAAGAAACUGCAGCUCCUCUUUGCCUUCCUGGCACACACCCAGAGGGCGGCGUAUGCACCCCGGCUCUUCUUUGAGGCAUCUCGGCCUCCCUGGUUCAACGCCGGUUCACAGCAGGACUGCUCCGAGUACCUCCGAUUCCUCUUGGACAGGCUACACGAGGAGGAGAAAACUAUCCAGGCCCUCAGGCUGGCCAAGCCGAAGGUGGUCUCCCUUGGCAACGGACCGGGGUGCGACAGCGUGGCUCACACCUCCGCGGGGUCGCCCGUGAGUCCCGGGGCAGCGGGGUCAGAGGGCGGCGACCAGACGCUGAUCGAGAGGAUGUUCGGAGGCAAGCUGAGUACCAGGAUUCGAUGCAUGACGUGUGGCGCCGUCUCGGAGAAGGAGGAGCCCUUCACCGACCUCUCUCUGGCCUUCUGUCCCUCCGCCGCCGCCUCCUCCAGCCCUCCGCAGAACCAGGCGUCGUCGGAGGAACCCCGAGGCCCCUGCCAGGGCUCUGUCAACGGGGGGAGCGAGGCUCUGGAAAUCGGGCCCUCUCUCAGACCCGCCGCGGCCCCCGCCGCCAGCACCCACGCCGGCCUGGCGUCCGACAAGCCGCCCCUGUCCGUGCCCGACCUGGUCAACUACUUCCUGGCUCCGGAGAUCCUGGAUGAGGAAAACGCCUACUUCUGCGAGGGGUGCGGCUCGCUCCAGCGGGCGGAGCGGGGGAUGCGGGUGGUGGCGGCGCCCGAGUACCUCAUCCUGACGCUGCUGCGCUUCUCCUACGACGCCAAGUGCCACGUACGCCGCAAAAUCCUCGACAACGUCACCAUACCGGCGCUCAUGGAGUUGCCCGUGCACGACCCUCCGGCGCCCGAGCACUCUACACCCCCCCCCUCGUCCCCGUCUUCUCCGCUCCGGCUGGACUCGACGGAGAACAACGAGAACCUCGCCAAGAAGUUGAAGCCGUCGAGGAGGGAGGAGGAAGACGAUGCAGAGGAGAGGAUUGAGGGCGACGGCGAGGAAAGUGAGGUCCGGGUGUGUCCUGUGGUCCGGUUUGUUCCCUACGUCCUCAGCUCCGUAGUAAUGCAUUCUGGGAUGUCGUCGGAGAGCGGUCACUACUACUCCUACGGGCGGAACCUCAACGGCGCCGACGGUGCCCAGCACCACCUAGCCAAUCGCCUCACCCUGGGGGAGGAGCCUGGGAGCAGCGAGACCAACCCUAUCGCAGUCGGUUGCUCCUCCCCUCGAGGGGUGGCUCCCUCCAAACAACAGGAAGUGGAUGAGGCGUGCGGAAGGGAUUGGCUGCUGUUCAACGACAGCAGGGUGACGUUUACGUCGUUUGGGUCGGUUCAGAACGUCUCCAGUCGCUUCCCCAAGGACACGGCCUACGUGCUGAUCUACCGGAAACAGGACUUUACCGGGGGACAGGGCGGCACGGGGGGAUUGACGGCCAACGGCAUGAGACCGGGCUGUGACCCUCCGCUGCAGAAAGAACUGAUGGACGCCAUCACCAAAGACAACAAGCUCUUCUUACAGGAACAGGAGCUGAACGCGCGGACCCAGGCUCUACAGGCCGCCUCGGCCAACUGCUCCUUCAAGCCCAACGGAUCGGACGACAACGACCCCCCGGGUAGCUGCGGCCCCUCCGGCGGGGGGGGCGGCGGAGGAGGAGGGGGGGGCGGGUUCAACACCGUCAGCCGACUGGUGUUCUGA